GACGGAUGGGGAUCGGAUUUCCAAACUCUUGCUAAGUUGAUCAUCAUCAUGCGGUGUUUGAAAGGUUUUUGUGCUAUAACUAGAAGGAUCAAAGGAUUUCAAUCGGGACGCUCGCCCGGUCCGCGAUGUGGAGAAGCUCGCUGUUGAGUUCGUCUUCGAGGAAGCUCGUCUCCACCACAAACCCUAGCUCCAAUUCCGCCUCCCUCAUCUCACCCAUUUACGCCCAUGGCUUCGAUGCUCGCCCCCAACAAUUCUACUCCACCUCCGCCCCCGCCGCCUCGCCGCCUCCCUCUUCCGGCGUUAUGAAACCAGUUUUGGGUAAACUUGAUUGGAUCCGAUCGGCCGGCGCAAUUGGUGCGAGGGAUGUGGUGGACUCGGCCCGCCACUACGGUCGCUGCUAUUGGGAGCUCUCCAAGGCUCGCCUCAGCAUGCUAGUUGUUGCUACAUCGGGAGCUGGCUAUGUUCUUGGGAGUGGCAGUGCAAUUGAUUAUGUGGGGCUCUGUUACACCUGCGCUGGUACCAUGAUGGUUGCAGCAUCUGCUAACUCCUUAAAUCAGGUGUUUGAGAUAAAAAAUGAUGCCAAGAUGAAGAGAACAAGGCAAAGACCUCUGCCUUCUGGGCGUAUUAGUGUAUCUCAUGCAGUCGGUUGGGCAUCUUCCAUUGGCACAGCUGGCACUACUUUGUUGGCAUGUCAGGCCAAUAUGCUGGCGGCUGGACUUGCUGCAUCUAAUCUCUUUCUGUAUGCAUUUGUAUACACUCCCUUAAAGCAGAUACAUCCACUAAAUACAUGGGUCGGAGCUGUUGUUGGUGCUAUUCCUCCGCUUCUUGGGUGGGCUGCUGCUUCUGGUCAGGUUUCACUAAAUGGAAUGAUUCUCCCUGCUGCGCUGUACUUUUGGCAAAUACCUCAUUUUAUGGCCCUCGCAUACUUGUGUCGCAACGAUUAUGCUGCUGGAGGGUUUAGGAUGUUUUCUCUUGCUGAUGCUUCCGGUGAAAGAACUGCUUUAGUGGCUCUGAGAAACUGCCUAUACCUAAUUCCAUUGGGGUACUUAGCCUAUGAUUGGGGUAUAACUUCUGGAUGGUUUUGCCUUGAGUCAACACUCCUCACUCUUGCAAUCAGUGGGACAGCACUCUCGUUUUACCAAAACCGCACAACAGAGAGUGCGAGGAGGAUGUUCCACGCCAGCCUCCUGUACCUUCCAGUUUUUAUGUCAGGGCUUUUGUUUCACCGUCAAUCUGAUAAUCAACACUUGCUGGGAGAGGCAAAUUCAGAAAGGAUCGAGGAUCCUUUGUCUUCCUUGGAGACUCAAGUUCAAAAAAUUGAAAGUCAGAAUGACAAAGGAAAGGCAAAACGAGCAGCAGCAGCAGGUGGUCCCGGAGCACGACCACCUGUAGCGUAUGCUUCUGUUGCACCAUUUCCUUUCUUGCCGGCUCCUACAUAUGCUUCCCUUUGACACUCCAACAAUGUAAUGAUAUAUAAAAGGCAUUUUGUAGUGCUUUUCUUUUUUAUUAUUAUGUUCUUGAACAAAGAUGACAAAUAAGCUAAACAUUGUUAUCCCUCUCAGGCCUUAAACAUUACAUUACAAGCUGCAUUUCUUUUUUCCCCUUUGGCUGGGGCCAAACCAGCAUUGAACGCUUUGUUGAUUUCUACUCAUUCAAUCUGUUGUAUGGAUUUUUGAUUGAUUUAUAUGGUAAGAAGAAUCUCCAUUCUCAUU